GAUAGUGUUGAGUGUGGGAAAGAAAAUGCCAAAAAUGUGUGCACGUCUUUCGUGUGGUAGAGAUUUCCAUUGCGUUCCAGACAUUAAUACAGCCCUCGACACAGCAUGCAAAUCUGGGUUUGACUUUCUAUGUCUUCCACUUGUAAAUCCUCGGUAUCGACGAGAGUUUAUAAAUGGCCCUGCGAAGAAAAGACCUGGUGCCCUUACCAGAUCUGACAUGGUGGUCUCCAGUCAAGACUGGAGCAGCCUUAUCGUUGGGAAAGUAUCACCAUGGUUACAGAAUGAUUCCAAAAUAGAUACCGUGAGAAAGAAUUCUGAUGCAGCUCUGAGGCAGGAGCUGAAGUAUGCUGCUCAUCUGGGGAUGCCGGCCAUUAUGGUGCCGCUGAAGAGUCGAAACAUUCUCAACCUGGCCCGCUGCCUCAACGAACACAUGCUCUGCAGCUACUUCCAGCAGCAGUUCUGGAUGCAGGUGCCCCUGGUGGCUCCGUGGGACCAGCGAGAUGAUGUGAUCGAAGGACUUGAUGGUGGAGAUUCCCCCACUGAAGAUACAUGGGAAUGGUGGCAUCUGUUUCGCACACUGUGUGACUGCAACAAGAGACUGGGCAUUUGUCUGGAGAUGACCGCUGAUCUACCCAGUGAGAGUGUCCUUGAGAGGUGGCUGUCCGAACCCAUCAAAACAGUCAGCAUGUCCACAAACCUGUUCCUCACCAACAAGAAAGGCUAUCCAGUUCUGUCAAAGGCUCAUCAGUCCUUCCUAAGGAGGCUGUUCAGGUUGGAUGUACAGCUGAUUCUGACAGGCGUGGACCGACACCCAGACAAGGGCAUCCGGGCGUACCAGCAAUAUCUGGACCAUCUCUGGCAGAACCAGACUCCCCCAGAUGCUAUCAGCCAGUUCGCCAGGGGAUACGAGGACUACCUCCAGUCUCCACUACAGCCACUGAUGGACAACCUGGAAUCUCAGACAUACGAAAUUUUUGAGAAGGACCCAAUAAAAUACUCACAAUAUCAAAAGAAAUUCCUCCGUUUCGUGUUCCAAGGGAUCCAUUAUCACUGGACCGUCCUGCCUUUUGGAAUUUCCACGGCCCUGUGGCUAUUUACCAGGAUCACCAAGCCGAUCACCAAGUUUCUUCAUCUCCACGGGGUCGUGUUCGAAAGUUACAUAGACGACUGCAUUCAGGCACAGAUAGACCCAGUCGUUCUUCUACGUCAGUUGGAGUUCAGUAUGAAGCUUCUUUGGCAACUAGGUUGGUUGUUAAACGCUGCGAAGUCGGAACUAACACUGACCCAGACCCUUCAAUUCAUCGGGGCAACUUUCGACAUGCACCAGGGCCUGAUUUUCGUCCCCCAAGACAGAUGGCUGAAAAUUCAACGGUUAUUUCCGUUAGCACUGUCGCAGGCCAGGACCUUACGACAGUGGCAGGAACUUUGGGGCCUCUUGACAUCGGCACAGGCAUUGACACAGCGGACACAAUUGCAACCAUGUCCGUUGCAGCGAUUCCUGCGUCCAUAUCUCGUCUCAGAGAAUCUCAAGGAGUUGAUUCGUCUUACCAAACCCUUACGUCCUUUUCUUCAGUGGUGGCUUGUAGAACAGAACGUUUGCGCCAGAGUUUGUUUGAUGCCCUUCAUUCCAACGCACUGCUUGUUCGUCGACGCAUCGCUCGGGGGGCUCACUUCAUCAUCAGACAGCCAGGCUGUGGUUGUCCGCAGAAUAGGACUUGCACAUCAACGAACUCGAGUUCUUGGCGGUUCUUCUCGCCAUUCGACAUUGGGCGACGGAACUUCGGGGGUCCUCCCUGCUGAUUCAGACAGACAACUCCACGGGCGUCUGAUACAUCAACCAUCUCAGGUCGACAGGUUCGGCAAACCUUCUUCAGUUGGUGUUUCGGUUCUUCCAUCUGAUCGACUCCCUCGCCAUCGAUGCUCCAGCCAGACACAUUCCCGGAGUCAAAAAUGUCAUCGCAGAUGCGGUGUCCUGCUCCGAUCGGCCAUCUCCCAUGGAGUGGCAAUUGAACCCACAGAUCUUUCUGGAACUGAUCUUCCUGUUAUCAAGGCCCAAGUCGACCUAUUCUCCAGGCAGUUCAACCAUCAACUCCUGCAGUUUGUCUCGACGAUACCAGACCAACUAGCAUGGGAUCUUGACGCUCUGGCGAUUUCGAUAGUGAUGGUGGUAGGUGCAGGACGAGGUCCGCUGGUCCGGGCAGCCAUUGCAGCAGCAUCACAGGCCGACAGGAAGAUCAAGAAGCUGUAUGCCGUGGAGAAAAAUCCCAACGCUGUUGUUACACUGGAGAACCUGAAGGAUGAGAUGUGGGGGGAACAGGUGGAUGUCAUCUCGUGUGACAUGAGAUUCUGGGAGGCCCCAGAGCAGACAGACAUCCUCGUUAGCGAACUUCUUGGGUCCUUCGGUGAUAAUGAGUUGUCCCCAGAAUGUCUCGAUGGGGCACAGAGAUUCCUCAAAGAUGAUGGGAUCAGCAUUCCUUGCAAGUACACCUCCUACCUGGCGCCCAUCCAGUCAGCUAAACUCUACAACGAGGUUCGACAGUGUAAGGAAAAGGACAAGGGGCCAGAGGCCCCGUUUGAGAUGCCGUACGUCGUCCGCCUUCACAACUGUCAGCUCCUGUCUGAACCACAAAAGGUGUUCACUUUUGUCCACCCAAACAAAGAUGAAGUAAUAGACAACUCUAGGUACAAAAGUUUAGAUUUCACUAUUUCCAACGACUGUGUCCUACAUGGGUUUGCUGGCUACUUCGACUGCGUCCUGUUUGCACAUGUUACGUUAAGUAUAGUGCCUGCCACUCACUCCCCAGGCAUGUUCAGCUGGUUCCCUAUACUCUUCCCCAUCAAGCGUCCUCUCCUGCUAAAAGGGGAGAGCCAGGUUGUCCUUGACAUUUGGCGAUUGUGCACAGACAAGAAUGUGUGGUACGAGUGGGCCGUGCAGGAUCCUAUAGCCCUCUCCAUACACAACCCCAAGGGACGCUCCUACACCAUAGGGCUCUAGAAGACUGCAGACAAGGCAGAUACACAAACCCAAGGAGUGCUCUCAUACUUUAGGACUCUAGAAGACUAGAUCUGUGGCAUAUACACGACAUCCAUCUUCUAUAUCACAAGGGCUAGAAUUUACACCAAAUCAACACCAACCCAGGAUCCAUUCCUGUGGUUCUUGCAAUCACAAAUUACCAACCAAUGGAAUGUUGACACAGGGAAAGGGAGGUAACUUGUAUUACUUAGAAAUCAAAGCCACAGCCAGUUUGCGGAUGGUUUGGCAAAUGGAAAUCAAGGGCGGAUAAUUUGAGAUUGAAAAACCACAGGAAUGGCUGUAUUGGUUAAUGCAGGUUUACUGAAAAGCAAGCCCUGUAGAUAUAUAGAAGUUGACACAACUUCUUGAGGUGUUCUAGAACUAUUGAACACCUUGAGCUGGUGCUGUGGCAGACAAUGUUGUAAAACACCCUGUUCCCUCUGAGAAUCCUAACUAGUACUGUUACAUUGUUUGUUUUAGGGGUUGGGGGUAAGUGUCUGCACCUGAAAGUCUUUCUUGUUUUCAAUUAACUUCAAGAACAGGUAAUAUUGGGCAUAAUUUUCAAAAGUUAAGGCUUCAAAAUGUUUCCACUUUAUUGCAUUGGUUAUAUGUAAUCAUCUUUGCAAGCAUGCAUUUCUGCUUUUGAUGAAAAAGAAUUCUGACAGAUGGAUCGCGUACUUCAAAGAUUUGACACAAGUAUGUUGAGAUGAUAUGAAAAUUCACUGUGGAUUUGGACUCUAGAAUAGUGACAAGUAAUGGAGACAUUGUGUCCAGGUAUGACAUGGUGAAUUAGGAUUCCAAUUCACCGUAACGUCAGAGCAUUAUUGCAUGCCUUCAUGCCAGCGCUACCACAUUCGAGUUUUUUUUUUUUCAGUCAUUUUGCUGAAAAUAACUUCCCAAAUUUCACUUUACAUUUCAUAUUACGUCAAUAUAAGCUGCUUUCCAACCUGAUUUGUUAAAAGCCUUUGUCCGAGACAAAUUUCUAUAACUUUUAGCCUUUUUGGCACAAUUUAAAUGUUUUGAAAAAAACAUAUAUGCUACAAUCUUUCAUUCUGAAGUAGACAUAUUUUGCAUUUGAUAAUGAUGAAGGUUUAACAUGACAUCCGUAAGAUUGACUUGCAAAAACCACUUUGUUUGUUCAGGUUGAACAUAUAUGUUGACGGUGCCUUGUUUCCACUGUCGAAACAUGUUCAGAUAUACCGGUAUGUUCUUUGUUUGUAAAACGCAUUUCAUGUGUUACAUCUGCUAUCAGACAUGCAUUUAACAUCAAAUUAGUUUCAUUAUUGAUUUCAUUAAAGAAUGAAGUUUUGAAUACGUUUGAAUUGAGGGUUUCAUGCAGUUUCAGAUUAUGAAUAUUGCUUAUGAUCUGUAAUAAUAUAUCAUUGUGAUGAUAAUUUCAACAGAAACCCCAUUUCAAGAACAUUUAUGUCUGCUUAGGUUUUAUGUACAAAGCAUGAAAAACAAUAUAUUACAAAGUUUAUUUUGUUUAUGUUCACAUAUUUCCUAACAGUAAAAUGUUUUCAGGAAAUUUGACCUUUGUUUCAGUUAUAGGUUUGUUUCAAUCCAUUUUACAAAAUUUAAGAAUCUAAGUUUUGUCCCAGUAAUGAACCUGUCAGUGAAUUUCACUGGAAUUGUAACCGUCUUCAUAAUAGGGUUUCCUCUAACAUAAAGAUAAAACCAUGAUAAAUUUGAAUCAAAAUGGAUCUGGACUGUCUGAAUUGAAAUUGUGUCUUAUGAUUGAAAAUAAUCUCUCAUUUAUACUUAGCAACAGGUUUAAACAUCUCAUUUUUUCAUAAUAGAAUCAAGUUAAAUUAUGUCAUCUCCCAUACCUCAUGCAUUUGUUUUCAGUUGUAACUAUAGGAUCAAAUCUUUGAAGGGCAUUUAGACAUGGAAUGCAUAAGAAAAGAAAGAUUUAUAGAUGUCAACGUCUUUAUUGUGGAUAACACGACAUUUCGGAGUGUAUGCUUGCUCCUUCAUCAGGUGAAUGGUUCCUUCAUCAUUCACCUGAUGAAGGAGCAAGCAUUCACUCCAAAAUGUCGUGUUAUCCAUAAUAAAGAAGUUGACAUCCAUAAAUCUAUCUUUUCUUGUAACUAUAGGGCCCGUAAGUCUCACCUGGCGCUACUCUCGUUACUAAGCUGGUUCCCUAUGCGCGUGCCAACUUGCGAUAUGCGAGACGGGGCCCAGCUUACUCCCGGUACCAGAUUUCCAGUGACAAGCGUAUAUUCAAGAACCAGUUCUGGUUCUAAAUUGCACGACCACUGAAUAGGAUUUUCCUAGACCGGAUCUAGUGUAAGUUGUUUGUCACCAGAAGUACUAAGGUCUCGCGAAGUGCCGUGACCUACUUAUGGGCCCUACACAGUUUCCAGCUCUGUGCUCUGCUGGGUGGUAACAUAGGGUUUGCCAUGCAAUGCAACCACCGUGACCUCAUUGCCGUGUCAAAUACUUCACUUGUAUUACUGCCAUUUCUUUAAACAGUGUAUCUUUAUGUAGAUUGUAUUCAGUUUAACACAGCCAUGUGAACUUUGAAGAAUAAAGUUCAGGUAUUUAAGUUGGGUGGGAUAAA